CCACCCAUUUUACUUUUUCCUCUUUCCCUUCUUGGAGAAUGAACUCUUCAUAAUCAUAUCUCGACUCUCCCUUUUGAGUUAUGCAGAAAAGUUCUUUUCUGGCAAAAGGCCUCUUCAGUUGCAUGUCAGUCUGAUUGGAGGAGGUUCUUAUUAUUGUUUUAUAGCCAACAAUGGAAGUUGGCAACAGUCUUGAAGUGGAUGUCAAUGGAGAAGAAAUUUUCAUAGUGGACAAGAAAAUUCUUUCAUCCUUCUCUGCUAGACUCGGCAAAUUAUUUGGUAAUUUGGCUAGUAGUUCAAGAAAACUGAAAGUAAUAUUUGACAACUUUCCAGGAGGUUCACAUGUUUUUGAGCUCAUGGCAAGGUUUUGUUACAACAAUGGCACCAUUGAAAUUACUCCUUCUAACGUUGUCCUGCUAAACUGUGCUGCUCAUUACAUGGAGAUUGGCAGUAAUAGCUCAGAAAAGCUUAACUUGGGAGAUCAGACUGAGAAGUUUCUUGAAGGGAUCAAUUACUGGACUUGGUCUGAGCUCCUACAAGCUCUGAAACAGUGCCAAUAUUUACUUCCUGCAACGAAUUCAUCAUUUUUGCUUGAGAAAGUUUUGGAUUGCCUUGUAGGAAGGCUUACUUUGCCUACUCUGGCAAGCCCAGUUACAUGUUCGUCAAACAAUUCAAGUUCUCAGUUAUCCUGUGAUACAAGCAGCACGUGUAGUAUGAGGAACAACUGGUCUCAAACAACUUGGUGGUUUGAAGAUCUUUUGGUUUUGAAUGCCAAUUCAUUUGAGAAGGUGAUCAGGAUGAUGAUGUCCCAGAAACUAGAGCAUGCUACCAUUUUUAGGUUCAUUGUUUUUCGCCUAAAAUCGAUAUAUCUCAGUGUCAGACCAGCUGAGGAGUGCAGAAUCACAGCGGUUUCAAUCAAUCUGCUUUCCUUGUUCGAUAGGAGUUCUCUUUCUUGCAAAGGCUUAUUUGAUAUUCUACUGGCAGCAAGGUUGAAAAAUUUAAGCAAGUUCUAUAAACUCAAGUUAGAGCAUCUGAUAGGUUCAAUGCUGGAUCAAUCAACUUCGGAUCAUCUACUUGUUCCAUCUCCACAAAGGAACCAUCAUGUGUAUGAUGUGAAUUUAGUUUUGAGGCUUGCAAAAGCCUUUCUCCUUGAAGGUUCAAAGAUGUCUCGAAAUCAAUGGAGUAAGGUUGCUAGCUUGAUGGACUCAUACCUUAUAGAAGUGGCUCCAGAUUUCCUUCUGAAACCUGCCAAGUUUGCAGCAUUAGUAAUGGUUCUGCCAGAUUCUGCUAGAGAAUCCAGUGACAGACUCUAUGAAGCCAUUGACACGUAUCUCCAGGUCCAUGUCCAAUUAUCUGAAGAGGAAAAGAUGAGACUCUGCUCCGUAGUCAACCGCGACAAGCUCUCGGCCGAAGCUUUGGAACACCUUGCUCAAAACUCAAACUUUCCAUCGAGAGAAACAAUCCGAAGUUUCAUUACUCAACAAUCCAAGAUCAAUAUCUCAAUCCAUGAUCACUUCUCUUAUCUCAAAAACUCGAGUCAGUCUACCUUUCAUAGUGAUGCGAAGGGAGAGCAAGAGGCCCUUGAACAAAUCCUUAUUUAUGCAAGAAGGCAUGGACAUUCAAAGAAGACUGACAAUCUUGAAACAGAAUUGCAAGGAAUGCAGAAAAGGGUGGCUGAAUGGGAGAAAGUUUGUACAAUGAUGUGUUCAGAGAAGAGAAUUGUGACAAAACCAAGUUUGCAUGGCCUUGGAAAGGCUAGAUCAUUGCCAAAACUCUGCUCAUGAUACGAAUUAGGCCUCAAAAUUCUUAUGCUUAUCUCUUAUUGCCUCGGCCAAUUAUGUGCAUAGUUUGAAACAUGGGUUGAUGUAAAUACGACAUUUCUUUCUUUCUUUCUUUCUUUCGUUCUCAAUUGCAUGGGACAUUAUCGCUUUGAACAUUAAGAA